UCCCCGCGCUGUGGACGCAGUGCGCAGGCGCGCGCCGGGCUGUGCGGGCGGCGGUUGAGGCUUCCGGACGCGGCGCCGACCAUGACCCAACAGGGCGCGGCGCUGCAGAACUACAACAACGAGUUGGUCAAGUGCAUCGAGGAGCUGUGCCAGAAGCGAGAGGAGCUGUGCCGGCAGAUCCAGCAGGAGGAGGACGAGAAGCAGCGGCUGCAGAAUGAGGUGAGGCAGCUGACGGAGAAGUUGGCCCGCGUCAACGAGAACCUGGCGCGCAAGAUCGCCUCUCGCAACGAGUUUGACCGGACCAUCGCCGAGACCGAGGCCGCCUACCUCAAGAUCCUGGAGAGCUCUCAGACUCUGCUUAGUGUCCUCAAACGGGAAGCUGGGAACCUGACCAAAGCCACAGCCUCAGACCAGAAGAGUAGUGGAGGCAAGGACAGCUGACGAGUGCCUGUCCCAGCCGUGGCCUGUGGCUGCUCAGCCCCCUACAUGUCUGUCCUAAAGCAUCUUUGUUCCUCGUGGCCUCAGAUGCCUUCUCACUAUCACAGGAGCCCAGGGGGGCAACUUCUGACCUCCACCUGCCUGGGGUGACAAGAAAAGCCCUAGGACAGUCCGAUAGGAAAGGAGUUCCUGGCUCUGUACUCACAGGUGUCAUGGGGACCCUGAGCUCCUGGUUAGCACCACGACUGGCCUCUCUCUGAAGCCCCCAGAUUCCCUGGGGCUGCCUGGGAGGUCCUGGUCCUGGUCCAGGUACUGUGGGACACUCACUUUGUCUCCUCAGCCACGAGGGGCCCAGGCCAGGCAUGUUGAGGAAAGACUCUUGAAUCCAGAACUGAAUCUUAGGGCCCAUCCCCAUGGCCUCUGAUGUUUCAAUAAAGGUUGUUUUGCAAAGA